UCUUCCUGAAGCCGCCGCGGUGCACGCUAUGGCGGAACCCGGGCCCUGCGGCCAGGGGACAGCUCCCGACUGUCCUGCAGCCGCCACUGCGGGCCCCGCGGAGCCCUCAGCCGGGACGUCGGCAGAUCUCGGGGACUACGACAGGAGCUGCGUGUUCUGUCGCAUCGCGAGCCGGCAGGAGCCCAGCACCGAGCUCCUGCCCUGCGAGAAUGAAGACCUAGUUUGCUUCAAAGACAUCAAACCAGCAGCGCCCCAUCAUUACCUUGUGGUGACAAAGAAGCACAUAGGCAGCUGCAGAGAUCUAAACAAAGAUCAUGUAAAGCUGGUUGAGAACAUGGUAGCUGUUGGAAAAACCAUUCUUGAAAGAAAUAAUUUCACUGACUUUACAGAUGUGAGGAUGGGUUUCCAUAUGCCACCAUUCUGUUCAAUUUAUCACCUGCACCUUCAUGUUAUGGCACCAGUCAAACAGAUUGGCUUCUUAUCAAAAUUGAUUUAUAGAGCAGAUUCCUAUUGGUUUAUAACAGUUGACUCUUUGCUUGCAAAGCUAAGAAAAUAAAAGUGCUAACAAUGGAAGAUUUACCUAGCCUGACUCAGCAUUAGCUAAUAUUUUGGGCUCUUUGACAUCUAAUUGCCGUUUGAAGAUUUGUUGGAUUUUACAAAAUACUAUGACUCAGUAGCCUUAAAUCUUGUCUGAAUUAUUUUCAGAAAUCUAUGACAGAGUUUUAUGAAUACCUUGCCACGGACUUCCUUGUCUAAUGCUUAUUCAUAUAAGGAUUUUGUGCAAAACAUACCAUAGAUAAAUGUCCAUUUAAUACAAAUUCUGUUAAUCAAGAAGUAUUCUAUAUUUUUAAAGUUCAAAUAAUUUCAUUUUUAAGUCUUAAUGUGAUAUAUUGAUAAAUAAACUGACAUAGAAAGUA